CAACAAUCCUGGCUACUGCAGUUAAAAUGUUUGCCCGCUGGGCCUGUCAUAAUGCGGCCCUUUGUGUUUGUGGAUAUAGUAGUAGUUAAAAAUAUUCUUUUUUGACAGCGAUGUUUGGAGAUAUGCUAUGAAGCUAACGCGGAAACUAGUUCUUGCUAAGGCUAAGGCCUCCGACUUAGAAAGCGUGAAGAAACUGAACUGCUGGGGAUGCAACCUGACUGAUAUUUCCAUUUUCACUCAAAUGCCAAACAUUGAGGUGCUGACACUCAGUGUGAACGGCAUCUCAUCCCUCUCUCCUCUGUCUGGCUGUCUGUCUCUGGUUGAGCUCUACCUGAGGAGGAACAUGAUCCCCUCUCUCUCUGAGCUUUCUCACCUGCGUCCUCUGACUCGUCUCAAAGUCCUUUGGUUGGCUGAAAACCCUUGUUGUGGAUCCGACCCCAGUCAGUAUCGUCUUACCGUGUUGCGCUGUUUGCCUCACCUCCAGAAGCUCGACAACCAAGUAGUGACAGAAGAUGAGAUUGCACUCGCUCUCAUGGAUGGUGAAGAGGUCACCACUCCACCAGGCAGCGUUCAAAACCAGCUCUCCUCCAACGGACUUCCAGAUGCUGAGACAGAGAAUAAUGACCCACUGAACUACAACAUGGAGGAGACCAACAAAAUCAGGGAGGAGUUGGGGAUGAAGCCCCUUCCCAGAGACAAGUUCUCUUCUCUUUCUUCUCCAUCAACCAGAGAAAUCAAACAAUCAUUCAGAAAGACACACACUCUGGAUGCAGUUCUGCUUCUGCUGAGGGAUUUGGAUGAAGAAGAGCUUCGUGUUGUUCACACAGCAACUCAGAACAGACUUCAGACUUACACGCUGGAUUCAGAAAGGCUCAACGAUUCACUGCAGACACAGAAAACACCCAACAUCCAACACUGAACACCCAAACCUCCCAUCCUUACACCUUAAACCCAUCUUCUUCUUCUUCUUCUUCUUCUUCUUCUUGGAACUCUGAAGCAGAAUCCUGAAACACCAGCUUCAUUGUUAACAGUUACUUUCAUACCACUUUAAGCUCUGCAUGUGAUGUUGAUUUACUCAACAACCUCUUUUCUCACUCACGUGCAGCUGUACUGACUCAUGUCCUCUACUUCUUUGCUUUGCAGCAGCAUGCCUACCUGCCUUGUAAGAACAAAGAUUGUAAGUUUUGCUAACUGUAAAUCUAUUUCUGUAAUAAAGAAUAAAUUGCAAUACAAUAACUCUA